UGUAGCUUCUGCUUGCGUGCUGCUGCAGUUUCCUGUGAAGGUUUGAUGCAGGAGAGAACCAUGGCGGCCACUGAGAUAGCUCGACAAGCGGGAGAGGGUGCACGUGCCGUCCCACUCUCUGGUCAUGUUGGCUUCGACAGCAUGCCGGACCAGCUGGUCAACAAGUCCGUCAACCAUGGUUUCUGCUUCAAUAUCCUCUGUGUGGGGGAGACAGGUUUGGGAAAGUCCACCCUCAUGGACACCCUGUUUAACACCAAAUUUGAGGGCGAACCUACACAGCACAAUCAGCCUGGCGUGCAGCUCAAAUCCAACACUUAUGAGCUGCAGGAGAGCAACGUCCGACUCAAGCUCACUAUGGUCAACACUGUAGGAUUUGGAGACCAGAUCAACAAAGAGGACAGUUACAAGUCUAUUGUGGAGUUCAUCGAUGCUCAGUUUGAAGCGUACCUUCAGGAGGAACUGAAGAUUAAACGCACACUACACAGUUAUCAUGAUACACGGAUCCACGCAUGCCUGUAUUUCAUCGCUCCCACUGGACACUCGCUUAAGUCCCUUGACCUGGUGACUAUGAAGAAGUUGGACAGUAAGGUAAAUAUCAUCCCCAUCAUUGCCAAAUCAGAUGCCAUUUCAAAAAGUGAACUUGCCAAGUUUAAAAUCAAGAUCACGAGUGAGUUGGUGAGCAAUGGCGUCCAGAUCUACCAGUUUCCCACUGAUGAUGAGACUGUGGCAGAGAUCAACUCAACCAUGAAUGGUCAUUUGCCUUUUGCAGUUGUGGGAAGCACUGAGGAAGUGAAGAUUGGGAACAAGAUGGUGCGAGCACGUCAGUACCCAUGGGGAACCGUCCAGGUGGAGAAUGAGAAUCACUGUGAUUUCGUGAAGCUGAGAGAGAUGCUGAUCAGGGUCAACAUGGAGGACCUGCGGGAGCAGACCCACACUCGCCAUUAUGAGCUUUAUCGCCGUUGCAAACUGGAAGAGAUGGGAUUUAAAGACACUGACCCCGACAGCAAACCUUUCAGCCUUCAGGAAACAUAUGAAGCCAAGAGGAAUGAGUUCAUGGGUGAGCUUCAGAAGAAAGAGGAGGAGAUGAGGCAGAUGUUUGUCCAGAGAGUCAAAGAGAAGGAGGCAGAGCUGAAAGAGGCAGAAAAGGAGCUGCAUGAGAAGUUUGAUCGCCUCAAGAAGCUUCACCAGGACGAAAAGAAGAAACUAGAGGACAAGAAGAAGUCUCUCGAUGAUGAGCUGAACAGCUUCAAGCAGAAGAAAACAGCCGCCGAGCUGCUGCAGUCACAGAACCAGCAGCCAGGGGGCUCCGCCACACUCAAGAAGGACAAAGAGAGGAAAAAUAAUCCCUGGCUCUGCACUGAGUAGUAUGGUUUUGAUAAGGGACCAGGCCCAGACUCUUUGGUUAACCGGUUCUGCAAGGCUAAGGGGAGGCAGUGUGAACCUGGCCCUCUGAGCUUCUGAUAGAUCAUCUUUUGUUUUUUAGUUGUGGUCUUUUCUGCAGCUUUUACUAACGCUAUAUUUUACUGUGCUGCCGCUACCUUUACUUAAAGGGCUGAUUUUACUAAAAAAUGAAAAUUGUCAUUGUUUACUCCAAUUGUUCCAAACCUGGAUGAGUUUUUAUGUCCACUAAAUGUAAAGUAAGAUUUUCUAAAGAAUGUGGGACUUUCUUGUAUUUCUCCAUCUACUUUUUGGCUUUAAUUAUUGUAUUCCACAGCUUAAACAAAUGUGGAGGGUGACAAUUUUCAUUUUUUAGUGGACGGUCCUUUUAAAGCUGUGCUUAUUUGCUGUGUUUGUUUUGUGUUGUGUUUUGUCAAUAAUAUUAAAUCUUCAGAUAAAUGGAGAGAGAAAUGUAAAUGGGCCUAUUUACAUCAAGUACAAUAUAAAAACUAUAAUAGAAAAUGAUUAAAAAAUCAUUCUAAAAUUGUUGAUAACACACUGUUGAAAAUAAAGGUUCUUUAUUGGGUUCAGUGGAUCAUGAAGAUGCUGUAUCAUCCAUGGAAACGUUAUGGUGAACAAAAAAAUUUAAUAAACAAAAAAAAUGGUUCUUUUAAAGAGCUGUUGACUGAAAAGUGCUUUGGGGAACCCAAAAGUAACAACUGCCAUAUAGAACCAAAAUGGUUCCCAAGUUUUCCCCGGGAGACCCAUAUUUGAAUAUUUAAAGUUCUUAAUGACCUCGCGCCUCUUAAAAAAAUAAAUAAAUAAAAAAAAACUAGCAUUCAAGUAUUAGGUUUUUAACAAUUGCAAGAGCUGCAUAAAUAUUAAAAACAUAACCUUAAUGUUGGCUAGAUUUAAGUACACUGUAAAACCCAAAAAGUUAAGGUAACUCAAACCAUUUAAGGAAACCGAUUGCAACAAACCAUUAAGUUCAAAAACUAAUCCUAAUGAGUACUAUGAGCUUACUUCAUUUAAGCUGAAGUAUUGAGGCAUUUAAUUAACUCAUUACUUUCAACACUAAGUUCAAAACUCACUUACAAAUGAAGAGUUCAGAUGCAAAAACCUCUUAGUGAAGUCUAAAUAUUCCAUCGAAAAUGAACUUUAAAGACUAGGUAAGGGACUUAUUCUUUGCGGUAAAAGUGUUGUUACUGAACAUACACACAGGAGCCUGAUAAAAAUGCUCAUUUUAGAGAGAAUUUUCAGAUGGCAUUAAGAGGUUUUUGCAUCUAAACACUUCAAAUGUUAUGUACUAAGAUUUAGUUUCCAAGUAUUUGGACUUUAAAAUGCACGAUGUUUCAUUUAAUUUAUUAUUUGCAAAGUGCAUCAAUCUUUGUUGACCCCUAGUGGGGGCAGUGACCCCCAGGUUGGGAACUACUAUUUCUAUAGCAAAAACCCAUUUUAAUGAUCUUCAUUUUAAAGAGUGCACCACAUAAUAAUAAUAACAAUGAAAAACAGUGUGCUUGGAAAUAUCGACAGCCAAUCAGAAUCUAUGCUGCUAAAGCUCAUACAUUUAAAUUGGCAGACAACAAAAGCAGAAUGUGCUUAUAUUAAACCGAAUAUUAUCAUGUUAUAAUUAUCUGAUAUACAUAGAUCAUUCUUGGUGUGAACAGACCUACAUAAACACUGUCCCAUUUAAGCUAUUCGAUUAGAAAAGUUUUAGAUUAGGUUACACUUGACAAGCUGGAUGGAAUGUUGCAUUGAACAAAUCCAUGCAUGUUCAAAAGCAAAUUGUGGAACGGACACUCAAUGCAUUUAAAGCAGGGCAGAAGGACAGUGUGUUCCUAUCCGCCCACAUUCCCAAUGCUUCAUGCUUUUGGCUGGCGAAUGAAAAAUCGGAGUGACCAUUUCCGACUGACUGAUGUGAACUUGUCCUCUCACUGGCGCUGAUUGGUUGGAUGCCCUCCUGAUACUUUCUCUAAUCUGCGUUUGUGUCUCCUCUUUCUCUAGCUUCUUUUAACUCUAUCUUGGCCACCUGUUGGAAGAGGGGAUCGCAGCUUCUACGAAAACUAAGCAUCCGCUCUUCUUCCUGUCUUUGUCACUCCGUCAGCCUUGUUUGAAUGUUUUAUUUAAUUUUAGUUUUAUUUCAUGCUGUGUGCCCUGUUGAACAUGGCCUUAUGUGGGCUUAACAUGGUAUUUUCAACAAAUAUUAGCUCUGUUUUCUAAUUGGGGUUUGCUAAGCAGUCCCUCUUUAGCAUUUCUUCAGGCAUCAUUUGCUGGCGACAACAGAGCCAAAGCUCUGGUAGAAAGGCUGUGAAGUAAAGAAGUGUUUAAGUUUAGCUUUUUACAUCUGUCAUAUUGCCUUGCAGUCUCAAUCAACCAAUCAUUUAGUUGCUUUUAUGAAUUCAUGUGUUUGUGAAUGAACCUGCAUGUAAAGAUGAACACAGUUUUAACUGUGAAGAAUGAAUGCAUAUUAACUUAUUUGCAAACUCUACAUUUUAGGAUGUGAACUAAGUUCAGCAAGAUUAUCUUUAAUAUGACUUGACAUUUUUGACACGCUGGCUGUGAAUAUUGAGCAAAUCCAAAGACAAUAGGCCUGAACGUUAUUGCUUGCUAAUGCAGCAGAAUCUUAAGUCAGAGAUAUUUAAUAAGUUUAUUUGUCUUUUAUCUGAGAGCAUGAGUUAAAUAGAAGCAAAAUCUGAGAGGUUUGUAUUGUAUGUUUUGUAAUGCCCUAUACAUUUUACAGCACACGUUUCAAGUCAUAAAUAGUCACAGCAAUAUAGUUAUACUUAUUUUAAUUACAUUAUCUUAGAGAGUAAUAGAGCACCUAUUGAAAUACCAUGUAGGUCACAUUCAGUGCCAUUUUUAUAUUCUUUAUCUUCUGUUCUUCUGCAUGCCCUGAACAUAUUUUUAUUUCCUUUCUUAUUUUGUUUAUAUAGAGUUAAUCUUUGCUUUGACAUAUUUACUCUUCUUUGGAUUAUUUUAUUACAAGUAUUUAUUCCAGGUACAGUGUGCAUUCAGUUUCUAAAUGUAACUUCCCAUUUUGCCAAAUAUUGCGUUUAGAUAUACGUCAAGUUUUUUUUUCUGUCAUUUAAAGCAAGUCAGUUACGAGGUACAGAUGUUCAUGCAUAUGUGCAGUACAUAUACUUUUUUUCAGGACCUAUUUUGCGUAUCAGUGUUGAGACAUGUUUCAAUGAUUAAUGACAUUAUUGACAAGUGACUGUUUUCUGUGUAAAACAUUUUGGGUGUCAAAACUGGCCUACAUUUUUCUAGUCACCUUCCACAUUUCCCCAUUAAUGUCAAUUACCCUCGUCCUUGUAAUACCAGAAAUUUGUGAAAUAUUUAUCUGUAGUAAGAUUCCAUGGUGUACAUUUUCAAUAAAAUGACAAUAAAUGAA